AUGGGCUGGCCGUACGAGUUCGUCGACCUCACAUCCGAGGAGAAGCUCCUCCGCCGCCAGGCCAACGAUCGCUAUGCCGCAAUUGCCCAUUUCUCGGCCCUGGCGCCCGCCGCCCUCUACGUGCUCCUCCGUCUAGGCCUCGCCGCCGUGAAGAGCGUGCUCGCCGGCCGCGAACAGCGCUACCAGGAGGUCCCGGGCUCCCCAAUUGCCAAGGCUCGUCGCUCGGGGCUUCUGCACAGCUAUGAGACGCGAUGGAGGAAGCUCACCUGGUGGAUGGGCGACGAUGUCGUCUUCCUCAACGACAAUUGGGGUCAGAGGGAUGAAUGGGUCCUGGGUAUCGCCUGGACCAUCUGGUUAUUAUUGCUGUCCGUCCUAGGCACCGGAAAGGACUACCUGCAUCUUACCAAGCGCUUCGGAGCUAUUGCCAUCUCACAGAUGCCCAUCCAGUAUCUGCUGGCCCUCAAAGCUCUGAACCCAUUUGCGUGGGUUUUCAAGUCAUCCCAUGAGCAGGUCAACCGUUACCACCGAGUCCUGGGCCGCAUCAUCUACUCGCUGCUCGUGCUCCAUCUCAUCUUCUACAACAUCUUCUUCGUCGCUUCCAGCAUCUGGCUCAAGCGUUUCUUCGCCCCGGUUGUGUUCGCCGGCGUGGUUGCUUUCACCGGUCUCCAUACCCUCAACGGAACCGCCAUGAGAGAGGUCAGGAGGUGGUCAUACCGCGUCUUCUUCAUCACCCAUCUUGUCGCCGCGCUCUCCGUCCCACCUCUCAUCUUCUUCCAUGCCGAGUCAGCCCGGCUCUACGUGAUCGGAGCUCUCCUCGUCUUCACGAUCGACAUCGGUGUCCGUAAGAUCUUGGUCGUGACAGCCCCCUCGACACUGGAGAAAGUCCCCGGAACAGACAUCAUAAAGAUAGAAGCCACACUCCCCGCUAGUAAAGUCUCGUCCUUCGCCGCUCGCCCCGGCUCACACAUCUACCUCAGCAUCCCGCCCUCGAGCCGACCAUCCCAAAACAUGCUCUCACCUUCAGGCCUCAUCUACGAGUUCCUCUUCAACCCCUUCUCCGUAGCCGCCGUCAAUGAGAAAAUCAACUCCGUCACCCUCGUCGCUAGGGCUCGGUCCGGACCCAUGACCGCUCGUCUCUCCUCCCUCGCCAGCGGCACAUCUUCCUCGUCAUCCUCGGAUCCCGUUCCCCAAGUAUCACUUAACAUCGACGGCCCGUAUGGAGCUACUGGCAAAACCGCACAAGACCUACUUUCCCUCAAGGUCGACCGCGUCCUCCUCUUUGCCGGCGGCGUCGGUGCCACCUUCGCCCUCCCCAUUUACCAGGCACUCCUAAACGACAGCAACUCAUCUGCGGCAACUUCCCCCAAAGUCAAGUUCAUCUGGGCCGUCCGGUCCGCGGGUGAUGCCACCUGGGCCAGCUCCUCAGUCGCAAAGUCCAUACUAGACGAUGACAACGUCGAGCUUUUUCUCACCGGAGACAUGGGCGUCGGCCAUGACUCCUCAGAGCGGGAUGGAGGACAGAGCAGCGGCUUGGAGAUGGACGACUUACGACGGCAGAGUAAGAAGCGGCCUGAUGUGAAGAAGAUCAUCGACGAUGCAUUCCGCAAAGAUAACCAGGGGAGCGUUGCCGUCAUGGUGUGUGGACCUGCGGGCAUGGCCAAGGACGUCAGGGACGCUGUUCGGCCGUGGGUCAUGCUUGGCCGGCGGGUGCACUGGCACAAUGAAGCGUUCGGGUGGUGA